UACCCAUUCCCAUUCACACAUCUCCUCUCAUUCUUCGCAUUCGAUGACUUUUCUUCCCCCCUAAACCCUGGAGUACAUUUCUUGAAAGUCUGCUAGGGUUGAGGAGCUGGUAAUUAAGCCAAUCGAAGAUGAAAUUCGGGGAGGCUUUUAUGGAGUAUGUUAAUGGGAAUCAGGAGAGGUUUACUGAUAAGUGCUCUCACGUUGAGUACAAGAGGCUCAAGAAGGUCCUCAAAAGCUGUAGGGCUUGCAGGGGACUAAGGGAUUCUUGCCCUAGAGCAGCUGGACAGGAUGAACUUGGAAACCAAACACGGCUAGACUCUGAAUUCUGUCAAUGUGAAGCUUGUCCAUUGUGUGAUCAGAUGUUCUUUUCCGAGUUGAUGAAGGAAGCUUCAGAGAUAGCUGGAUUCUUUAGUUCAAGAGUUAGACACCUUCUCCAGCUUCAUAUUGCCACCGGGAUGCAAAGAUACAUGAUCUGCUUACGUCAAUGUUUCAAGGAUGAUCACCAAGCAAUGGCACAAGAGGGGCAGAUGUUGAUUGAAUAUGUUACCAUGAAUGCUAUUGCUUUGCGCAAAAUCCUUAAGAAAUAUGAUAAGGUGCACAGAUCUGUUAAAGGAAGAAAUUUUAAAUCUAAGAUGCGGGCCAAACAUAUAGAGAUACUGCAAUCUCCUUGGUUAAUAGAACUCGGAGCUUUCUACAAGAACUGUGAUGAGCCAGAUGGUCCCAACUUGUUUUCCAGUUCAUUCUCUUGUGAUCUGAAUGCUGCAGAGCCUGUAUUAACCUUGAUGCUUCCAGAUUCUGUGACGUUAGAAUAUAACCUGAAUUGUGCUAUUUGCUUGGACCUUGUUUUCAAUCCGUAUGCUUUGAGCUGCGGCCAUAUUUUUUGUAAAUUAUGCGCUUGCUCAGCUGCUAAGGUUAUGGUUUUCCAAGGUCUUAAGGCUGCAAAUCCAGAGUCCAAGUGUCCAGUUUGCAGAGAGGAAGGAGUAUAUGGUGACGCAGUGCAAAUGAUAGAACUUGAUCUGUUAUUGAAGAAAAGGUGCAAGGAUUAUUGGAAGGAGAGGCUGGUCGAUGAACGCGCUGAGAUGGUGAAGCAAUCCAAGUUCUACUGGGAAAUACAAGCCAAGUAUAUGUUUGGAUAUUGAUAUAUAAGCAGAGUUCCUAUUUGAUCGCUACUGAGCGGUCUCAUCAGAAUUUGCAAACUGCGAAUCGUUUCACAAACCACUACCCAAUAAUUUACUCAAACUUCUAUCAUGCGUGAGUAUAUUAGGAAGAGAGGGGACGUGGUGAGAAGAAAGAGCAUGGCAAUGAGUCACAAGUGUUUGCUUGCGAUGUCCAUUCGAAAAAAGGUUGGUUGAGUUUGAUUUCACAUAUUGAAGCACAUAAAAACAUUUGGAUGUGUGACUUAGAUUCCUUUU